AUCAAAUUUACUUGCCGUCGUUUCUUCCGCAAACGUAUCUAGGACAUACUUGAAUGCGUCCUUAUUCAGACGAAAGUUUUUUUGAAUCUGAAUAAGUAAACAAAUUGUAAGAAAAAUGUCUGCUUUCACGUGCAAUUACUUACAGCCCGUCAUUCAUCUGGAAGGGAUCGCACAUAUCUCGUAAUCUUCUCCUUUCAAUUCUCACCCCAGCAUUCUGAGAUGCGCUGCUCUCCUCCUCAACCAGUAAUAUCGCCGUGGAUAAAGAUUCCAUAGUUACGUUUAAUAAAAAUAAUAACAAUAUAAAAAUUUUACUUUUAUUUAUUUUCUUUGAACAGCAGUAAUUUGUGUAUUUUUGCUUUGUUAUGUUCCAGUUUCACAUAUUUCAAAGCUGGUAAUUUUUGUCUCACCAGCAACGCUAAACAUUAACUGAAACCCCUAAGCUAAGAAAGAAACAAAUUUGAAAGCGAAAUAAAGCCAUAUGGCUUAAUUACCAAUUGCAAUUGGAAACAAAGCCAUAUAGGAUUUAUGGCUUUAUUACCAAAAUAAUAUGGCUUUAUUACCAAUAUGGCUUUAUUGCGUAUGGCCUUAUUGCACCCCACCUCGUUUACCACCGUAAAAUUUUGGGCAGCUGAAUUUAAACGUGGUCGCAGGAGCUUGGAAAAUGAUGAACGUCCUGGGCGUCCAAAAACUGUCACCACUAACGAUAGCAUCGGUAAAGUUCAUCAAUUGGUACUAGACGACCGCCGGAUUAAAGUUAAGGAAAUAGCUGAGAUUAUAAAGAUGUCAAAAGAAACUGUUUGUCACAUAUUAAACCAAGAUUUGGGCAUGAGAAAGCUGUUCGCGCGUUGGGUGCCGCGUUUGCUUACGCUAGACCACAAACGUGCGUGCAUGAACAUUUCCAGCGCUCUGUUGGCUCAGUUUAGAGGCAAUAAGACCGAGUUUUGGCGCCGAUUGAUAACUGUAGACGAUACUUGGAUUCAUCAUUAUACGCCCGAAACAAAAAUCCAAUCUAAACAGUGGAUUGAAAAGGGGGAACCAGCCCCAAAAAAACCUAAAGCUGUGUAUUCGGCUGGGAAAGUGAUGGCGAGUGUUUUUUGGGAUAGCCAUGGAAUUAUUUUUAUCGACUAUCUUGAAAAAGGAAAAACUAUAACAGGAGCAUACUACGCAUCAUUAUUGGACAAGCUAAAGGAAGAAAUUUCGAAAAAUCGGCCACAUUUGCAAAAAAAGAAAUUCUUGUUCCACCAAGACAACGCACCAUCUCACACCUCAACAGUCGCCAUGGCGAAAAUCCACGAAUUGCGGUUCGAACUGCUUGACCAUCCACCUUAUUCACCGGAUCUAGCACCAAGCGACUUUUUUUUGUUUCCUCAACUUAAAACUGCGCUCGACGGCCAGAGAUUUUCGUCAAAUCAGGAGCCAAUCUCUUUCGUGAACUCGUAUUUUGCAGACAAAGACGCCAAGUACUAUUUGGAAGGGUUGCAGAGAUGGGAGCAUCGCUGGGAGAAGUGUGUGGAGUUACAAGGUGACUAUGUAGAAAAAAAAAAAAAUUUGAAAAAGUCGCGAGCAUCAAUGUUAGGUCGGUUAUUUAUCGGACAGCCCUCGUAUAUACUGACAGAAACAGAUCCUUCAUAUCUCUUUGAAAACGAAGACUAUUUGUUCCAUGUAACAAACCUUACAAAAAUCCUACAACCCUAUUACAAAAUUAAAGCAAUGCUCGAAGCAACACAAAGAGAUCCUACGGAGUAUAUCCUAAUCAAUAGGAUAGAAAUAUUAAAAAGCCAGUUGCUACAAAAACGAAGAACCAGAAGUAUAGACUUCCUAGGUUCAGCAUUAAAAUUUAUCACAGGAGUACCAGAUCAUGGCGAUCUAGUAGAAAUAAAAACAGCACUAAAUGAUAUUAUAGAAAACAAUAACCAGCAAAGAACGAUAAAUUCAAACUUUGAGAAACUAAUAGGUAAAUUUAAUCCGCAAACUUUAAAAUCAAAACUUCUUCUCGAAGAAACUCAUAAGGAAUUAUUAGACUUAACCACAACAAUUAACUUUGCAAAAAAUGGAAACUUUUAUUCAGCUGCAAUAAAUACAGAAGAAAUUGAAGAAAUUAUGAAAAAGGAACAAAUCAAUAUACCAAUAAUAGAUAUCCUAGAAUAUGCAACAAUACAUAUUUGUAAAGUAGCUGAAACAUUUGUAGUAAUUUAUAAAUACACAAUAAUACAAGAAAUAUGUGAAACAUAUGAUGUAACAUCCAUAACAUCCAUGUCAUACUCAUAUUGUAAUGAUGAACCACAAAGAGUAAAAAACUGUAAAAAUAAUCUAAGUAAAUACAUUUGUAAAAAGAAUAAAUCCGACUAAUGUAUAACACCUUUAAUACGCAAUAAUGAAGCUCACUGUAAUGUAAUAGAAGAAAACAAUAUACAGAUAAUUGAAUUAAAUCACGGUAACAUAAUACUCAGUGGAGAACAUGUAAUAAACAAUCAAAUGAUUUCAGGAACUAAUCUUAUACAAAUCAUAGACCCUGUAACAAUCGAUGGAAAAAUAUAUAAGAAUAAAGAGGAACAAAUAAAGAAAUACAUUAAAGCUGAGGGAAAUGAAAAAAAUAAAAUAUUAGAACUACUCCAAUCAGACAAUGAAUACAAAUUUAAUAACAUACAAAAAUUACAUAUGCUAGUUAUUCCAUACGAAGAACAUCCUGUACGAAGCAUAUUAAGUAUUAUUGUAACUUGCAUAAUAAUAAUAUUAAUCAUUUACACUAUUUUUAAAUUGUAUUCACUCUAUGUUAAAAUUCAAUCUAACAAAUUAAGACAACAAAACCAGAUGCAGUACGAAGCUGUACUAAGACAUCACGGGAUGGAACACUUAAUCAAUCAGUCAGGGACGACUUCUCUUUAAAGGAGGGGAGAGUUAAUAUCUAUAACACUAACCUUGACACAUCGCAUAGCAACAACGCUCACCCAAAGGAUGCAAUCACGCAGUAACCACGUGUUUAGGUACUAAGUCCAAACUGUGUCACACCAUAUGCCACUCAACAAUAACCUAUAUGUAAAGUAAACAUAUAAAUACUAGUGUUAUAUAAAACUUACCACUUGGUUUUAAUACCCACUGCUUUUGGGGCGCAAUAUAUAUACAUAUAAGUAUGUGGUUGUUCACUUCACAUUAACAAUUUUAUUAAAGAAACAGAAAGGUUAUAAUAAAAGUCUCCUGGUCGGAUACCAGUGAAGGUGACAAUGUAUAUAGAAUAAUGGAUUAUGUAUGAUAGAUGUAUUGAAUUAGUGGACUCCCUGGUCGGGUACCAGUGGAGGUGAAUAGGUUUUUAUAAAACGAUGUGGUUGGUUCAGCUGCUGCGCGUAGAGGAUCUCCAGUUGAAUAACAAAUGAUGUUUUCGAUGCGUCGAAUAACGCCGGAUGAAAUAGAAAAUGAUGUUUUAAAUGCGUGCGGAAUAUCGCCGGAUGAAUAGAAAAUGAUGUUUUAGAUGCGUCGAAUAACGCCGGAUGAAUAGAAACUGAUGUUUUAGAUGCGUCGAAUAACGCCGGAUGAAAUAGAAAAUGAUGUUUUAAAUGCGUGCGGAAUAUCGCCGGAUGAAUAGAAAAUGAUGUUUUAAAUGCGUGCGGAAUAUCGCCGGAUGAAUAGAAACUGAUGU